UAUAUACCUCUCAAAUCAACAUCAUCAUCAUCAUAGUAAGUAGUAUAUUAUUAUCAUUAUUAAGAGAAGAGAGAGAGAGAGAGAGACAAGCUGAGAGAAAUAAAAGAGAUAGAGAAUUUAAUUAUGGGAGCUGAUUGGGGACCUGUGGUGGUAUCAGUGGUGCUAUUCAUCUUACUUUCACCUGGGUUACUAUUCCAAUUACCAGCAAGAACAAGAGUCAUGGAGUUUGGAAAUAUGAACACAAGUGGGAUUGCUAUUCUAGUUCAUGCUGUUAUAUAUUUCUGCAUACUCACCAUCUUGAUCAUUGCUAUUGGUAUUCACAUACAUGUUAACUAAUAAUAAUAAAUUAGUUAUAACAUCAUCAUCAUCAUCAUCCAAUCUCUCUAUAUUUAUAUAUGUGUACAUCUUUUUAUUAUAUACUCUCUUUUUAUUUUUGUUGAGAUCCAUAUAUUUGAACGGCCAACUUUUAUCAAAUGUUUUCUGAAUUCUGUAUUGUUGUGCGUUCCUUCUUUUAAUUAAUCAGUUUCAAAUUUGUAGAGAGUUAGCUAUAGUCAGAAACUAUUUUGGCGAUACUAACAUGAAAUUAAUAAUAGUUUGUUCUAAAAUUUGUAACAAAUAUUAAUAUUUGUCAAUUAUAAAAAAUAAUAUAUAGUACAUCA